UGGAGCGUUCGAAAUGCACUAACAAGACGUUUUGCUAUUACAGUAUACGAGUGCGCAGUAUAAAAAAGUUAGUACUUACGUGCUAUAAAGAGUAAAGACUAAAGAGUGGAUUUGAUGUGCUGUGCUUGCUGACUGGCUUGGUUUCGUUUCCCAGGGAUCGAGAUUGCAGACGCCUAUCUAGCAGAAAAAAUUCAUGAAUUGGGCAUGCAGGUUUUUCGUUUCGAAUCCGUUCUCACCUUUUGAGCAGGAAAACCCUCGUAAUUUUUGUCAGUAUUUCUUCUACGAGAAGUUAUUUUGGUAUUAAUUUUCUCUUUUUCUCUGUGCCUAUAUUCAUUUACUGAGACUGGCAAAACUUUUAGUUGGACAUCUGUGUGGUGGGUUGGCUGAGAGCGUGUUGCUACGGUGGAGUGUAGUGCGGUGCCAAUCCGCAUUAUCUGCUCAGUCAGCGCAAUGGACGAGCCACUGACCAUCCUGCGCCGAUCCUCUGCCGUCCCUAACUUUGUUCACACGUUUAAUAAUGUCAUCAAGGGCUACCUGAAUCUCCCUGAAUUGGGCAUCUCCGAGUACGAACACAGUCUCCUUCCUCCGGAUGCGAAAACAGAGGACGAGUUCGAUCCGCUGGUUCUGCCUAACAUUAUCAUCCGCCUUCUGAAGGGUUGUGGUCAAGCGUACGUGCGGGAGGACAGUUGUUUCGAUAUUCUGCGCAGUCUGGCCAUCCGCAAAUGGCAGGCGUACUGCCCAACCGAUCUGCCGUGCCCCUUCACCGCGGUGACCGGUGAGUGUGCGGAGAACGCCGUCACCGCGUCGUCAACGGAGGCCGUGCCAGAAGUGAAAGUGGAGACGCCGCGCAUGGCCCUGCUGGAUUUUCACUCUCUGGCCCCGGUCAUGAAGGCAGAGGUGAUGGUGGUCCUGUUGAACUGCUGGAUGAUGAACUAUCUGAUUAGGACGAAUUACAUCGAAUCGGUGGAGGAUGAUGUUUUGAGAAUUUCGCCCAUUGGAACGGACCAGCGGGGCAAUACGUACUAUUAUCUCUGCGGAACGAGGCUGUACAAAGAAAGCAACGCCGACUACGAUUCCCUUGGAGGAAAGGGCACAUACGAUUGGGAGCUAAUAGCGUCGGAACCCGAACAGUUUACCCAGAUUGUAGCUAACCUCCGAAAACUGGGCAAUAGCACCCGCAACCGAUCACUGGUCAGUCAUCUGGAAAACAAAAUUCUCCCUGGCCUCCAUGAGCAUUUCGAAAAUCAGCGCAACCAUGACCUCGAGCGACGCAUGACUUUACGCCGGCGUCGGUCUGCCGCGGCGCAGCUAGCGCGAGAAAAAGCCCGCCAGGAGCGGCAGGAGGUGCUGGCACAGCGAAAGCGCCCUAAAUCUCCAAUGAAGGCCGAUGAAGCCGUGGACGGUGACAGUCCAGUAAAGAAAUUGUCGCGAGCGGAGCGCUAUCAGCGACGGGCUAUGAUGCACGAAACCUUCGAAGUUCCUAUGUUUAUUGCGCCAUUGUUUACGCGGCCGCCUGCGGAAUCAAUUGAGUCGUCGGAAGUAAAGGUCAGACGCAAAGCCCCUGUUUCUGUUACGAAUGCGACUAGGGAAGAGUUGAUGAGUAAAGCCAGAGUGUUGCUAGCCCAGUAUUUGAAGAAAACGGAUUAUGAUUGGCCCGUGUGACACAGACCGAAAGGAACCGUUGUUUUUAUAUGAUCUACCUUUAUUAAUCGGACUGCACGGAAAUUAUUCUGGUUUUCUUCUUCACUUGGUGAAAUUGAUUAAUACGACUAUGUUGUGAUAUAACAUUUAAAAUUUUGAAAAGGUUGCCUUAUAUUGUGAUGGAUUUUGUUUUUGUCAACGUCAGCUAGACAUUACAGUUGGAUUUUUUGUAAACUGUAGCUUUUAUAACAUAUUUGCAGGCAUUUAUUUGAUUUUUAUGCUGUUGGGCCAUGUACUGGAUUGCUGGCAAAUGGUGAAAUAGUACAUUUUGUGACUUGAGUUGCUGUUAAAAGGAUCAAAAAAGCAGUAAAUUGAUG